AUGAAUGGACGCAAUAGCACUUUCUUUCACACUUUCUUCUUUAUUUUUAUUUAUUGUCUUUACUUUUCACUUUUCUUUCUAUUUUUCUAUUCUUUUUGUGAUCAGGCUGUCUUUUUGUCGCUUGCAUCUUUCAGUCGUCUGGCCUCUCCUUUUCAUCUUUUUCUUCUUUCUCCGUUUUCCUUCUUCGCACUUCUGUUUUCCUUUAUUUUUUUUCGUAUUCCUUCCUCUCUUCCGUUUUCUUUCUUCUUUCUUCCGUUUUUCUUCAUUUUUUUCCCGUUUUCCUUCUUCGCUUUUCUUUUUCCUUCUUCCCCUUUUUCUUUUACUUUCUUAAAUUUUCCGUUUUCCUUCUUCUCUCUUCCGUUUUCCUUCGCCUCUCUUCCGUUUUCCUUCUUCACUCUUCCGUUUUCCUUCGCCUCCCUUCCGUUUUCCUUCGCCUCCCUUCCGUUUUCCUUCGCCUCCCUUCCGUUUUCCUUCGCCUCUCUUCCGUUUUCCAUCCUCUCUUUUCCGUUUUCCUUCGCCUCCCUUCCGUUUUCCUUCGCCUCCCUUCCGUUUUCCUUCGCCCCCCUUCCGUUUUCCGUCCUCUCUCCUCCGUUUUCCUUCGCCUUCCUUCCGUUUUCCUUCGCCUCUCUUCCGUUUUCCGUCCUCUCUUUUCCGUUUUCCUUCUUCUCUCUUCCGUUUACUUUCUUCAAUCUUUCGUUUUCUUUCUUCUCUCUUUCAGUUACUUUCUUCUCCUUUCCAUUUUCUUUCUUCUCUCCUCCGAUUUGCUUCAUUUUUGUCCGCUUUCCUUCUCUCUUCAGUUUUCUUUCUUCUUUCUUCCUUUUUCCUUCUUCUCACUUUCUUUUUCCUUUUUCUUUUUCCGUUUUCCUUCUUCUCACUUCCGUUUUUCUUUAUUUUUCCGUAUUCUUUCCUCUCUCCCGUUUUCAUUCUUCUUUCUUCCGUUUUUCUUCAUUUCUUUUCGUUUUCCUUCUUCGCUUUUCCUUUUGCUUCUUCUCUUUUCUCUUUUCCUUCUUUCUCCUUUUCUUGUACUUUCUUAAACUUUCUGUUUUUCUUCUUUUCUCAUCAGCUCUCCUUCUUCUCUCUUUCGUUUUUCGUUUUCUUUUUUUCGUUUUCAUCUUCUCUUCUCAGUUUUCUUUCUCCUCUCUUCCGCUUUCCUUUUCCUCUCUUCCGUUUUCCUUUUCCUCUCUUCCGUUUUCUUUCUUUUCUCUUCAGUUUUUCUUUCUUCUCUCUUACCUUUUCCUUCUUCAGUCUUCCAGAGAAACCUUCUUUAAGCAUGUAUGGAAAAUAAAUAAAGUGGUAAUAAACGUGUGCAAACGGCGGGAGAGGGACUAUCUAUCUAUCUAUCUAUCUAUCUAUCUAUCUAUCUAUCUAUCUAUCUAUCUAUCUGUCUCGGUUUGUUCAUUAUUUAUCUAUAUAUCUAAGUUUAUUCAUUAUCUAUCUAUCUAUCUAUCUAUCUAUCUAUCUAUCUAUCUAUCUAUCUAUCUAUCCUUGUCUAUUCAUUUCUAUCUAUCUAUCUAUCUAUCUAUCUAUCUAUCUAUCUAUCUAUCUAUCUAUCUAUCUAUCUAUCUAUCUAUCCUUGUCUAUUCAUUAUCUAUCUAUCUAUCUAUCUAUCUAUCUAUCUAUCUAUCUAUCUAUCUAUCUAUCUAUCCUUGUCUAUUCAUUAUCUAUCUAUCUAUCUAUCUAUCUAUCUAUCUAUCUAUCCUUGUCUAUUCAUUAUCUAUCUAUCUAUCUAUCUAUCUAUCUAUCUAUCUAUCUAUCUAUCUAUCCUUGUCUAUUCAUUAUCUAUCUAUCUAUCUGAUAUUCAGUUCGUGUCUAUCUAUCUUUUUCUUAUUUAUGACAUUCUGUUCCAGUUUACCUGUCUCUCUCUCUCUCUCAAUACAUAUAUAUAUAUAUAUAUAUAUAUAUAUAUAUAUAUAUUAUAUAUUCUAUAUUUUUCUUGUGUUUGACAUUUUAUCCAUCUCUCUCUAUUUAUAUAUUUUUUCUUAUCUAUGGCAUUCUGUUCAUAUAUACCUAUCCUUGUAUCUAUCUGUUCAUAACUCUGACAUUCUUUUUUAUCUAUCUAUCUAUCUAUCUAUCUAUCUAUCUAUCUAUCUAUCUAUCUAUCUAUCUAUCUAUCUCAGCUUGUUCAUAUCUAUCUAUCUAUCUAUCUAUCUAUCUAUCUAUCUAUCUCCAAAUUCGAAGGUGAAUUUUAUGUGA